GUGUUUUUCAGUGAGUAUUCUCAGUGGUUAGAGAAUAGCAGGUAACUUGAGAAUGUUUAGCGUCCUCACAAGUGCUAGGGAGAAGAGGAAUUAUGUUAACUUCAUUAAUCUCUGAUUAAAAAACCUUUGGCUCUUUUUAUUGACCAUGCCUAAAAAAGUACAGAUGGAAUACCUGUGGAUUUUCUCCUCAGCUUUAUGUACUCUUAUUCUCAUUAUUAUUACUACAUUAGUUAUACACAACAGUGUUUUGUCAACAUGUUUUUCAGUAGGCCUAGUACAAAAGAGUACCUUUUCUUUUUAUAGUACCUGAGUUGAAAUUGGACCUUUUUGUUUUGUUCAUUCCUAGCCUUUCCUCUUAUAUCACAAAAAUAAUCCGUCUUCUUCUUCCCAUCUCCUAAGAACCCUGGAAAUUUUUAAUCUAAUACAAUGGUUCUCCACCAGAGGUGAUUUUAGCAAUGUCUGGAGAUAUUUUUGGUUGUCAGUCUGGGAGAUCUUACUGGUUUCUAGUGGGUAGAUGCUAAACAUCCUACAAUGCACAUGAUCAGCCCCCACAACAAAGACUUAUCCAGUGCACAGCGUCAGUAGUGCUGAUGUUGAGAAACCCUGAUCUGAUCUGGGUAGAGAGAGGAAUCAACAGCUUGGAAAUUCAGCCAAGUGAUCUGGCAGGAUGGGCAUUUGCCUGGCAUAUUUUAUAGAGGAAUUGGAUGGCAUAAGUGAUUAAGGUGGUAUUGAGGGUCUCUGAAGCUUAUGAAAGGUAGAAACUCAACCAUGAUUUCUUUUUCAACUCUACAGCAUUUCCUUCCUUGAAGUCUUCAUUUUUACUUUAGUCUCAGGCAGUUAUACUUAAGCAUGAACAUUGACGACAAACUGGAAGGAUUGUUUCUUAAAUGUGGCGGCAUAGACGAAAUGCAGUCUUCCAGGGCAAUGGUUGUAAUGGGUGGAGUGUCUGGCCAGUCUACCGUGUCUGGGGAACUGCAGGACUCAGUACUUCAAGAUCGGAGUAUGCCUCACCAGGAGAUCCUUGCUGCAGAUGAAGUGUUACAGGAAAGUGAAAUGAGACAACAAGAUAUGAUAUCACAUGAUGAACUCAUGGUCCAUGAGGAGACAGUGAAAAAUGAUGAAGAGCAGAUGGAAACACAUGAAAGACUUCCUCAAGGACUACAGUAUGCACUUAAUGUCCCUAUAAGUGUAAAGCAGGAAAUUACUUUUACUGAUGUAUCUGAGCAACUGAUGAGAGACAAAAAACAAAUCAGAGAGCCAGUAGACUUACAGAAAAAGAAGAAACGGAAACAACGUUCUCCUGCAAAAAUCCUUACCAUAAAUGAGGAUGGAUCACUUGGUUUGAAAACCCCUAAAUCUCACGUUUGUGAGCACUGCAAUGCUGCCUUUAGAACGAACUAUCACUUACAGAGACAUGUCUUCAUUCAUACAGGCGAAAAACCAUUUCAAUGUAGUCAAUGUGACAUGCGUUUCAUACAGAAGUACCUGCUACAGAGACAUGAGAAGAUUCAUACUGGUGAAAAACCAUUUCGCUGUGAUGAAUGUGGUAUGAGAUUCAUACAGAAAUAUCAUAUGGAAAGGCAUAAGAGAACUCAUAGUGGAGAAAAACCUUACCAGUGUGAAUACUGUUUACAGUAUUUUUCCAGAACAGAUCGUGUAUUGAAACAUAAACGUAUGUGCCAUGAAAAUCAUGACAAAAAACUAAACAGAUGUGCCAUCAAAGGUGGCCUUCUGACAUCUGAAGAAGAUUCUGGCUUUUCUACAUCACCAAAAGAUAACUCACUGCCAAAAAAGAAAAGGCAGAAAACUGAGAAAAAAUCAUCUGGGAUGGACAAAGAGAGUGCUUUGGACAAAUCUGACCUGAAGAAAGACAAAAAUGAUUACUUGCCUCUUUAUUCUUCAAGUACUAAAGUAAAAGAUGAGUAUAUGGUAGCAGAGUAUGCUGUUGAAAUGCCACAUUCUUCGGUUGGAGGAUCGCAUUUAGAAGAUGCAUCAGGAGAAAUACAUCCACCUAAGUUGGUUCUCAAAAAAAUUAAUAGUAAGAGAAGUCUGAAACAGCCACUGGAGCAAAAUCAAACAAUUUCACCUUUAUCCACCUAUGAAGAGAGCAAAGUUUCAAAAUACGCUUUUGAACUUGUGGAUAAACAAGCUUUACUGGACUCAGAAGGCAAUGCUGACAUUGAUCAGGUUGAUAAUUUGCAAGAGGGGCCCAGUAAACCUGUGCAUAGCAGUACUAAUUAUGAUGAUGCCAUGCAGUUUUUGAAGAAGAAGCGAUAUCUUCAGGCAGCAAGUAACAACAGUAGGGAGUAUGCACUGAAUGUGGGUACCAUAGCUUCUCAGCCUUCUGUAACACAAGCAGCUGUGGCAAGUGUCAUUGAUGAAAGUACCACAGCAUCCAUAUUAGAUUCACAGGCACUGAAUGUGGAGAUAAAGAGUAAUCAUGACAAAAAUGUUAUUCCAGAUGAGGUUCUGCAGACUUUGUUGGAUCAUUAUUCCCAUAAAGCUAAUGGACAGCAUGAGAUAUCAUUCAGUGUUGCGGACACUGAGGUGACUUCUAGCAUAUCAAUAAAUUCUUCGGAAGUUCCUGAGGUCACCCAGUCGGAGAAUGUUGGAUCAAGCUCCCAAGCAUCCUCAUCAGAUAAAGCCAACAUGUUGCAGGAAUACUCAAAGUUUCUACAGCAGGCUUUGGACAGAACUAGCCAAAAUGAUGCCUAUUUGAAUAGCCCGAGCCUUAACUUUGUGACUGAUAACCAGACCCUUCCGAAUCAGCCAGCAUUCUCUUCCAUAGACAAGCAAGUCUAUGCAGCCAUGCCCAUCAAUAGCUUUCGAUCAGGAAUGAAUUCUCCACUAAGAACAACUCCAGAUAAGUCCCACUUUGGACUAAUAGUUGGUGAUUCACAGCACUCAUUUCCCUUUUCAGGUGAUGAGACAAACCAUGCCUCUGCCACAUCAACGCAAGACUUUUUGGAUCAAGUGACUUCUCAGAAGAAAGCUGAGGCUCAGCCUGUCCACCAAGCUUACCAAAUGAGCUCCUUUGAACAGCCCUUCCGUGCUCCAUAUCAUGGUUCGAGAGCUGGAAUAGCUACUCAAUUUAGCACUGCCAAUGGACAGGUGAACCUUCGGGGACCAGGGACAAGUGCUGAAUUUCCAGAAUUUCCCUUGGUGAAUGUAAAUGAUAAUAGAGCUGGGAUGACAUCUUCACCUGAUGCCACAACUGGCCAGACUUUUGGCUAAAAAAAAUAUGUAAAUAAUACUGGCACUUUAGAACAGAUUAAUCAAGAGUGGGGUUACUCUGCAUAAAAUGGAGUGCUGUACAGAUUUAAGAGCAAUGUGUUAUAACAAGUUAAGCUGAUAUGAAUAGCAAGAUAAUCCAAUAACUGCAUUUUGUUUGGUUAGUCAGCAUUCUUUGAACUGCCUUACAUGUUGUCACCUUUAUAGAAGCAAUGCAUUACUUGUUUUAGAUCAGAAACUUGCUAUUCCACCUACACCAAGUUUAAAAGAAAAAAAAAAAGACUUUUCGCACAAUUGUUUCCUAACUGAUAACAUUGUACAUUCUUAGGAGAUUAGUAAUUGUGUGAAAUUUACUCAUACUGUUUCUGAGUUUUUCAGCAUAGUCAUUGCACUUCAGCAGGGAAUCUGAGUAUACUUUACAGACAGAGUGAACUUAAAAGUUUAAUUGUUAAGAGAUUAUGGCUUAAAUAAGUUAGUGCGUCCUAUAGGGGGAUAAAAAGAAACCAAGAAACCACCUUUUAAAAAGAAUGAUAUGCCAUAUACCCUUGAUUUUCAUUUUGCAUUAUAUUGACAUGGUUUUUUUUCUUUUUGAGAAAAAAGUAAUAAAAAUCUGAUAGUCUAAGACUCCACUAUUUAAAAGCUAAUUACUUUUAAAAUAUGCAUACUUUCAAAACUUUUACCAAAAUACGUAACUGUUGAAGCAUUCACUUCUCUAUGGAAGUAUGCAUAUUGGCGUCAGUUUCUUUGUACAGUUGUACCUAGAUAUUUUUUAUGAUUUUUCAUGUGCAGGUAUCAAGGUUUUGAAGUUUUAGUAAAAAGAUAUUCUGUAGAUUACAUUCCCAAGAACAUAAUGCUUACACAAAAUGUAUAUUCCACGUUUUAAAAGCUUAAUUGUAUUUUACUUUACAUAUACACUUCAGUUAACAUAGAGCACUUAGAAUCUAUUUCGUAUUUUUGAUUUCUCAAAGUAAGAAGAAAUUAGAUUUUUAGGUUUGAUAUGGUUGUGUCAUAAUCAUCUCAUAAUUGACAAUUUUAAUUUUUGGCAAUAAAAGGAAAUUGGAUAUCUUUGGAACUGUAAAACCUGGUUUAAUCCUUCUCUUUCUAGAAUCUUGAUAGAUUGGAUAAUUAAACAGUAUCCAGAGAAACUAAAGAAAUGGGCAUUUUAAUUGCUUAUUUUAUCUUGAGUUACUUUUUAAUGAACACUGCUCAUUACAAUUUUACAAACCAAAAGUGUUUACUAAUUCUAGUAACUACAAUUUCUUUUUCAGCUAGAUGAGUGAUCGGAAACUUUUUGUUGCGUUUCAAAAUCUAAAUAAACUACAGACUUUAUCCUUAUACCACGAAUGUUUUUUUUUUUUUAUACUUUGUCUUAAAAUAAUACAGCAUGGUACAAUAAAUAGUGCUUUUAUAUAUAUACUUAUAUAUAUAUACUUUUCUAAAGAAUGAUGGUCUGAGUUACAUGUUGGACAGUUUCAAUUUUUUUGAAAAUAACAUUAGUUAUAUUGAUUUUAGUAUCCUCUUUAAUUUGUUCCAACUUUUUAGUUUUUUUAUUUUAAAUUUCCGCCAUCUUUGUCACAAUGCACAUACUGAUACAGCACCAGUGAUACUCUAAAAUUAGUACCCUUGGAAGAUGAAACUUUAUUGUUGUUAAUUUCCAUUUUAACUUUUAUAUUGGCCUUGUAGAUCUGUAGUCUUUGUUUCAGUAUAGAAUGUUAUACAUUUAAAUUAUUUUUUUCUUUUAUUUAAUGUUAUCCCAAGACUGUUCCCAUAAAGAAAGGGAACAAAUAAAUAUCCACCCUUAACAUCUUUUACAUUUAUUUUGAAUAUAUUGGUGUUUUUAUGGUAAGGAAUAUAAAUUAUGUUUAAUGUGGUUUCCUCUACACUUUGGUUACUAAGCUUUGCUUGAAAUAUUAAUUUUCCCAUUUGACAGCUUUCUUUGCUGCCAAGUUUUUCAAAAAUUUUAGACUUCUUUGAAGUAAAUAUUUAAGUUCUGCCAUUAUUGACUCUUAAGAGUGGCAUGUAUUGCAUUGCACAUCCCAGUUGCAAGAAAGCUUCAUUCAGGUGAGAUGUUACGAGUGGAACUGUGCUCACCCUAGAUAGGCAUUUGUAUUUUUCUCAUACUACUAUUUGAUGAUAGUAGGCAUGUAUUUCCUGAGUUGUUUUUUCUUGAGCCUGAUCAAAAAUUUUGCUCUAUUGAGAACUUGAUGCAGUUGUUGGUACAGUAUAAAGAUUUGUGUGUGUUAGUUUGAACAUCACCAGCACAGUUUUUAGAAUGUGGCUCUAUUUCUGAGCAGUUAGGGUAAGCGAAGGAAGACCUUUGAAAAUGGUAGUGAUGCAAGCAGGAUUUCAGGUGUUGCAUUCGUGUCUUCAACACAUUUCAUUAAAUCUACAUAAUGGCAGACUUUUCUACCACAUUAUAAGCAUUUUUGAGAUAAGUGAUACUUUGACCUAACUUAUUGACUUAUCAUUUAAGUAUAGUCAUUGCUCUCUUACUGUGAAAUUCUAAAUGCCUACCAGAGUUACCUUGUAUUAUCAUCAUAUGAUAAACAUCUCAUCAGUUUGGGUUUCCCCUGUUUGGUUCAGAAAGUUGGUGAAUUUCUACCUGGGCAUUAAUAGAGAAAGCAAGUAGCCUUUUUGCUGCUUUAGAUCAGCAUAUUGAAGAUAGGAGAUAUCCUUUUGCAAUUUGUGUUUCUCAUUUCUCUCAGUGAGCAAACUGUUCGAUUAAAACAUGCUCUUACACCCUUAGGCUUGUGGGCAGUGUGAUUGAGGCUUGCCACUUAGGACCUACCCUUACGUUUGAGGAUGGGAAACAGAUCACAUUAGUUGAGGUAAUCUCUCUCGAGCAUCUUCUAAAAGUGUUUUGUUUGUUUUUUUUAAACUUCUUGUUGCACACAUGUUUCAUUUGGUUCAGAAUAUUUGGGUGGCUCUUAAAGUUUUUGGAUCUACUUGCAAAUUUUUGACUUGAUACCAUAGAAAUCCAUCCUUCUAGCUUUGGCCGAGAACCGUCCGUGGUUGGGUGAUUUUCUCUUGGAGAGGUAGAAGAGGCCUUGAGCUCAGGGUAGGCUUUCGUUUCCACAGGUGAGAGAAACUUGCAAAGUGCCAGCUAGGUUAGAUCUUUUGCCACUUCUUUCAUUUUAUUAAUUUGAGUUUUUAAAGGGCUGUUUAAAAAAAAAAAAAAGCCGGGAAACUUUAAAAGUAGGCAUUACUGUAGUACUAAAUUUCUGAGACUUAGAGCGUUUUAAAGUAGAACUUGUUUUUUCACAGUAUAUUUACUUGAAGAAGCACUAUUAUAAUCAAUGAGAAACUUUUUGACUCUGCAAUUUAAUUUAAACUUUUUCCGUUUCAAAUUACUUUAUUUCAGGGAAAUAAUUUUCCAGUUGUUUUUGCUAUAUUCUGCAAAUAAAAACAGUAUGUUUCCUUUUUUCACUUAAACUUUGAUAGGAAACAAACUAAAGCAGACAAACAUUUCUUGUUGUGUUUGUUGCUUUCUUUAAUCCAAUGGAUAAAAAAGUAAAACCCUGUAAACAUUAUUUUAUUUUUUUAUGCAAUACCAUGCUGUAAAUAUGGUUCAUCAAAUAAGGAUGUACCUAUGAUUGAAUCUUUAAUUCUGCACAGUUAGAGUUUAUAUAUAAACGUGUCUUGACAAUCAAGGACUUUUAUGUGAGUCUUCCUUUAUGAUGUUUAUUAAUGUUAUGCAUUCCAUUUGUUUUGAAGUGAGUACCAAUGUGCUAAUUUGUAUUGUCUGAAAGUAUGUAAUGUUUUUACAGCUUGUUUUUAAGAAUCUGUAAAUAUGUACAAACAAAUCACAGUACUGCUUUAUGUUAGAAGGCAUAUGAUGUUGUACUGUAUGUAAGCAAUAAUACAUAGCAGUGCUAACUUUACAAGUAGCAUCAGGAAAGUUCUAAAAACAUUUCAGAGUUAUUAUCCUUAUUUCAUUUAAUAAUGAUUAUCUUUAAUCAGUUUUUAUAAGCAAAUUCCAUUGUUCCUCCUAUUGGAACAUAACACUGUUUACACAGCAUAAUUGAAGUUGCAGGGGAGACAGGCUAAAUCUGACUUCAUCUGUACUCACUUUCACUAAGCAUUGAAUGGCCUUACCACUCUUCUGCAAGAUGGAGGAAGACCGCAAAACUUAGUGCCCAUCACACUGAAGGAAGGGGUGUGGGUUUUUCCUGCUUCUGUACUGCUACCUAACUUUGUGGUUUGCUUUGGAUUUUAAUAUGUGUUUCUGUUUUAGAUUCAAGCCCAUAAGUUUUGAAGUGACUUCAGCUCCAUUGUGAAAUAGAUAGUUCUCUUCAUAUUUCAUAGCUACAUUUCAAUAAUUCUAAACUUUCUACUUUGAUUUUUAGAUACUUAUUUUUCAAGCUUGAUUUCUCAGCUGAUCAGAUGAAUUUAUUCAACUUCAAUACAAAGAAAGACAAACCUAUUGUAGUUUGAAUUGAGUAGAUAUUAUACUGUACAGAACAGCUAACUAUUUGAAAACACACAUUACUGCUUUAGAAAUAAAACCGCCAAUUUAUAAAUGUAUAUGACCUACAUUUUAUAGGAGAAAUGUUUUUAAAUGCUAGUCAUUUAUAUAAUGUGCUUUGAAGGAUUUGCUAGUCCACUUCUGUCACUUUUUAGUACACUGGUAUCUUUUAUAUGUAAUGUAUGCUUUUUAUUAUUGUAGCAAAGCAUUUCAGUAGAAAGAAUUUUGCAACAAUAUGGGGGAAAUUUUUCAUUGUUGGAUUUGAAUUAUACUGGAUUUUAUCUGUGUAGUCUUACUCGUCUUUAUUUUAAUGCUGUCUGGAAGGGAACUUGGUAUCCAAAUAAAGCAGGUAACCUCAUUUUACUUCAAGGGCAUACUGUGUAGUGCUGAAUUUAAUCUGGAAAUCUGAUGAUUUUGAAAAGAAAAACAAGUUUAUAAAAAUUGUACAGAAGAAAUUAAAUGUGUGAUGGAAAUCCU